GUGUAGUCCAGUCAUUCCAACAUGGCGGAUGAGAAGUCGACGUCCGGAAAUUGCACCAUUUGAUGUAAUUUCAGCCAUACAAUUUACAUUUAUGUGUUCUUUUCCAUUCACUUGGCCUAAACGGUGGUAAUAACGGUGUUUUGGAAAACGUCUGGCAGUCAUGUCAUCUUCAAGCCCUUCAAAACAAAGUGCAAAAAGCGCUGAAGAAAAUCUGGAACCGAUAUUCUUUUUCUCUCGUUCUAGAUUGCCCUAUUGCCAAUUUUCAAAUUUUUACGAGGUUGAUAUCGAGAUGCCGGAAGGUGUGUUUCCGUCAGUGGAACAUUAUUUCCAAGGCAUGAAGUUCAUUCCAGAAGACAGGGCACGGUUCAUGAAAGGUGGAGAAUUUGACAAGAAGAAGAACGAAACUUCAGCCAGAAAUGCUAAAGAAGAAAUCGCGAAAGGAAAACUUGCCAAGUCUGCCGGUUCAAAAUCUGGUUCUGCAAAGUACAAGUUGACUUUAGCUGCUGACGGUUUAGACCAAGGGGUGGCAAAGCAUAGGAUGAAAAGAGCUUUGCAAAGAAAAUUCGAACAAGAGCCUUAUAGAAGCCUCCUUUUAGAAACUGUGGGCACACAGCUAAUCCACAUUCCAACUCGAGGUCAAACGGAUUUUUGGACUGGAAAAAAGGACAAGAAAACAGGUGAAAUUGUUGGAGAGAAUACCAUGGGAAAACUACUCAUGGAAGUCAGAGAUGCCAUUCUGGGUUCAACUUGCUGAUGGCAAUUAUUCAUGAAAUCCUAAGAGAGGCUGAGAUUUGGUGAAACUUUUACUGAGAGUGGAUCCUGGAACAACAUUGUUAGGAUAAUUAGAAAAAAAACAUAACAAAACAAAACAAAAAGAACCAAUCCACCCAUCCCGGAAAAAAACCAACAACAUAAGAAACACAACACUAAACCACUGAACAACAACAACAAAAAUAAAAUAGAAAAAGGUAUAUGUUCCGCUAUGAAAUAUCUAAAUCAGGCAUUGAAUUAAAAUCGAGGCCUCAUAAAUACACUGUAAUAAAAGAAAGUUACAAAUUAGAAGGAGUGACAUUUA